ACAACACUUCAGGCAGACAAGCAACUUUCGUGUCAUCACCGACAAGCAGAGGUUGGUGGGACUCGAAGGGUAAAUUGUUCAAUGUGGCUGCUUUCAGUCUCUCUUUCUUUUUUUAACUCGUGUUUAUGUUGCACUUCUUGACGGCGUCAAAAAAAUCAAUCUGCAUUGCUACUACGUUUGUGUUUAAUUACGUUAUUUUGCUCCUUAGCGCUGACGGUAGCCAUCUGGGUCCGUGUAACUGCCACUUACAUUUUUCAUAGGUUUCAUAAGAAGAAGCGAUGCUCGAAUCCAUACAAGUGACUGAAAAACUGCACUGGCCAGAGCAAGAACUCUCAAGAAAGUCUGUUUUACCCCACAAUGAAAACCAGUCAAAUGUGAGUAAAAAUGGACUUCAUCAGCUUUCCCCGAGCAUCCUCAAAAACAUAUUCACAACUGGAUCCAGUAGCUACAAUGUUCUUUUGCAAACCAAAAAAGAGAAGCGACAUCACCAGCAAAAGCAAACCUCCACAGGCCAUCAUAAGAAACACAGGAAAACUGGGAAAUCAUCAUCCCUUUCACGAAGCAAGGAACAUCGAAAGUCAAAUGCUCCACUGCCAAUAUUAAAUACUUGGUGUUGUUGCUCAGGCAGACCGUCUGAAAUCUUUAUCAGCAGUUCAUUGUCUAGCAGUGCAAACUUUACACAUAGUUUCUCUGUUAUGGGAAACAGCAUGGGCUUGUCCCCUAGACCUAAAUGCAAAGCCAGCCGGCUUUGUUUUUCCAGUCUACAUAAGACAAAGCUUCCACAUUUGAUGAAGAGUCGUAACAGCGAAGAAGAAGGAUCCAGUCGUAAACCGUGCAUUCUGACAUGCAUUAAACCUUGCAAUGUGGAAAAAGAGAAGAUGAAGUUCUUUAAGUCAGAAUUCACCUACUGCCCUCAGUUUGAGUAUGUCAACCCUGCGCAACCCAGUGUACUGGCAAAAUACAGCCAUGCCUCUGAUAAGUUACUUACACAGGCUGUCAGGAUCAUGGAAAGAACACUGGAGAAAUAUGGCAGCUAUGAAAAGUUUGAGAUGAUUAAUGGUGGAAGGCUGCUUCCUAAGAGUCGUAUUUGGAACCAAGUUAGAAAAUACAUGGAGAAAGAAGGAUGUUUGGGCGAGAUUGUUAUUCACUUGACUGAUGAUCUGCUUUCUCGAGCAUCAAUGAUGGUAGUGAAUGGUCGACCAACUUUAACCAUCAAUAUCACCACGGCACGUGAGCACUGGCUAGAAGGGAUGCUAAGGCAUGAAAUAGGGACUCAUUAUUUUCGAGGAAUUAACAACAGUCAGCAGCCCUGGUGUAAUUGGAAUGGACGUAAAAAAUAUGGGCUAAAGUCUGCGAACCCUACCGAGGAAGGUCUUGCCAGUAUUCAUAGUGUCCUUUUCCGCAAGGAUCCUCUCCUGUGGCGGGCAGCCCUCUUGUAUUACACUGUCUACCAGGCCAGUCGCAUGUCCUUCAGUGAGCUUUUCCAAGAUGUGGGGAAAUUUGUGAAAGAUCCAAACACAAGAUGGGACUAUUGUGUACGAGCCAAAAGAGGACAGACUGAUACUUCUUUACCAGGUUGUUUUAGCAAAGAUCAAGUUUACUUGGAUGGUAUUUUUAAAAUUUUACGACACAGGCAGAGCAUUGACUUCCAGCAUUUGACAGCUCUUGGAAAGAUUUCUUUUGAAGAUGUGAAUCGUCUGAAGGAGUUUGCUGUCUUACAGACUGUGAGGAUACCACAUUUUCUUCAAGACCGGAGCAUGUACAUGGAACAACUGGAGAAAAUCAUGGAAGUUAAUGAGCUCACAGAUGCCAAGCUAGACACUUUACUAUCUUGUUGAGAUGUUAGUCAUUAAGAAGGCAAAUGGUGUUUUAAGCAAAUUUGGUAACACUCUUAUAGAAUCAGAAUGUGAAAAGUACAUGUAUCUGUCAGCUAGUUAUAUGUUAACCAUAAAACUAGUAGCUUUCACAGUGAAUUUUCUAAGUGUUUGAAGAAAACAUUUUGUUCUCAAAACUGUUAAAAUAGAUGCCAGAAAUCCAUCCAUUUGUUUUACCAUCAGGUAUAUGCUAAGCUAAAAUAACAGGGAUAAAAUGUGUUUUCUUGGCAAAUUUUUUUUUGUUUACUUAAGUAAACUGUACCCGGGUUUGGUUGUACACAUUGUACCUACUUGUGGCACUUUAUUUAUGUUAUUCAUAGGUGAAUUUGUUAAUAAAAUUACUCAGAAUGUGCUCAGAAAAUGAGCAGCAAUAUGUGAUCACCCUUUUCUGUGACUAUUUGUAUUGUACAGCUGUGUCUCUAUAAAGCUGAGAUGCAGUGUAUUCUGAGGUUUGUAAGAAACUGCAAGUAUGAACACCAUGAACAGAGCACCCUGCUCACCUCUGGUGGUAUUUUUUUUAAUAGUUCACUGUAUAGAUAUGCACCAUAUUUCUAAUCCUAUACAAUCUGCAUUAAUUUCAGUCAUAAAAGGUAUGAUAUGGUAAGGUAUUGAUAUUUGGAAAUGUGAAUCCGUAACUGUGAUAACUUUCUUUUAAUGGAUUACAAUGAUACUUAGACCUGUGGAUCUUCAACAGUGAUAGCUUUCUUUCAAAUGGAUCACAAUACAUUUUACUGAAAUGCUGCUUUAACCUCUGUGAACACUCUUAAACAUGCAGUUUAAUGAGCUGUGUUUCACAGCUCAUUCCAUAUUCACUUGAAUUUAUUAUGCUGCUGUUCUAUUACAAUGACAAAUUUAAGUCCACUGAGAUUAAAAAAUCAUGAUUUUAUUUUCUGAAUCUUACACAACUUUUGUUUUUAGAUUAAGCAGAUCAUUUCAAAAUGAUACAUUUUCAUCUCAGUCCUACAUAUGAGUCUUUGGAUCAGGGCCCUUAUUUAUUUCUGUUGAUAUGUAUCAUGGGUCUAUAUCAAUAUUCUGCAUUUCUUUUUUUUUUAGAUAAAUUAUUGCGAUUUAUUGAAUUCAAAUUGAAAUACUGUCAUUACAUGUUCACUUGCUUUUCUGCCAGUUACCAUUAAUGUUAAUAAGCUGAAGUAUGAAAAAGGACAGAUGGAGUUGUCAAGUGACUGCUGUUUGGAGACAAGAAAGCUAAAGAUCUUAUUUUGGCCACAAAACAGCCUUGUGACUGCUAGCACCACUGAAGUCCUUCUUGUGUGUAUAAGUGCUGAUAGUUUAUUUAUUAUAGUUAAAGUAAAAAAAAUAAGUUUUUCAGAACUGGCACAAUGAGUAACAAUAAAAGAAGUAAUUAAAUAAACUGA